GUGCCUGGCAAGGUUGAGCUGUUUACAGUUUGGGUUUAAAGAGCAGCAAAUGGGGGGCCCGUCCCUACAAUGAAGGAAUAGGGAGGGCAGACAGCAGACAGGGACUAAAAGAGGGAGAGAGAGGGAGUGUUACAGUGAGGGUACACAUGUAGUCUGCAUGGGGCAGGCUUGAUGGAACUACACAGUGGAACUUAGUAAUUUUUCACUGUCAUUUGCCACAGCUGCUACAUUGCAGCUCAUGUCUGCCUGAGGAAAGCUCAGCUGAACUGCAGCAGAAAAAGGAGCACAUUGUUCAACACUCAUUUGAUAUAUCAGUAAAAGGCUUUAAUGUGUCUUGGAUCAUCUAGUCCUGGAUGCGUCUGGAGAUACUUUUGAAUAGAACUUUCUUGUCCAUCAUGGUUCAGCAAAAACACUCUAUAACCAUGGACAGAGAUUCAACCCAAGAGAUAUUUGUGGGACUGGGUGCCGAGGAUGCACAUGAGGUAUUUGGGCACAGCCCAUCCAACAAAGACUGCAACUGGUGCAGAACUCCUACUGGGCACAUCAAGAGACCCAUGAAUGCAUUUAUGGUCUGGUCUCAAAUUGAGAGACGGAAGAUCAUGGAGCAAUGGCCUGACAUGCACAAUGCAGAGAUCUCAAAGCGCCUUGGAAAAUGUUGGAAACUCCUCUCAGAUUAUGACAAGAUACCCUUCAUCAAGGAGGCAGAAAGGCUGCGUCUAAAACACAUGGCUGACUACCCUGACUAUAAGUAUCGUCCCAGGAAAAAAAUCAAGUGCUCAAUGCCUGCCAAAGAAAAACUCCCACUGAAAGUAAGCAAAUCUUAUUCACAUCAAUCAGCCAGCUUCACCAGUAAAGAGUUUAAAGUUAAACCAAUUGCCUCCAAACAAAACCUGAUUUGUAAUGGCAAUAAAUAUAAGAACUAUAAUGAGAGCAUGCAUGAUGUUGACAUAGUGGAUGUAAACCUGGCAAGUUCAUUAACUGUGCAAGAUAAUCAGAAACAGACAACUCUUGUUCUCCAACAUCAGCCUACUAUCAUUCUCCCCAAGAACCAACACCCUAGACUAUCUCAACUCAGAGUCAAAGUGCCCAGCAUCCUCCAGAGUUCUGCCUCUGACACUGGCUCUAAGGUACUCAGAAAAGUUGUGGUGUCUGAGUUGCAAGGACCUAACUCCACAAGAUCCUCCACACCAACCUUCACAAGCUUCUCCUCUUUUGUGUCAUCUGUUUCUUCAGAUGAGGAACUGGAAGAGGAAACCUUGCAUAUCAUGUCUAAUACAAACUUUGAAAACAAACCUAUGGACUGCUCCAAUCUGGACAAGGACUUUGAAGCAUUUCAUGCUAACUCAGGAUCCCACUUUGACUUUCCAGACUACUGCACUCCAGAGGUGAAUGAGAUGAUUUCUGGGGACUUAUUAGUACCAAGUGUCUCUGACCUGGUGUUUACCUACUGAAUUUGAGGCCAAGUUAACCAUUGUUGCCAGACAUAUUUGCCAGUGAGAAAAAUAGUGGUCUUGAACAUGUUAAAUCUAGGUCUCUGACACUGGACAGUUCUUUGCCAUUAUUUUAUAUCUUUAUUGAUUCUUGCAUUUCGUGCUUUUGUUUUUGUUUUUCAAGCAUGACACAUCUUAUUGGCUUAGGAAAAACCAGCAAAGGGGUCUGUAGAGCCCUUAAGUAUUCUGGUACUUGAGGCUCAGUUUCAGAGAAAAGGCAGACAUUCGUUACAGAUAGCAUCAUGGCAGGUUGAGAAAAGUUCAAAUGAUUUAAAGUUUCUUUGUGACAGGGGACAAAGUAUUAACAUCAAGUCUGAAGUGUUGUCUGUUUGUCAGUACAACAUAGUACAACAUUUUAAUGUCCCUGAUCUGCAGAAUUUCAGCAUCAGUGCCAGCCUUUAAAAGGGGUGUUUAUAAAAUACAAAGUACUCUUAAUUUCAUGACUGAUCAUAAGAGCAUUACUAUUCUACCCAAACAAGAUAUUUUGUGGAUAGGAAGCUAUGUUAAGUGAUAAUCAUCUGAUGUGAAGCAAAUCUUUUAUCACUUAACAUAGCACUUGAUGAGCAUACAACAACUUGGAGAAACCUGCAAGGCAGAAACCACUGCAUAAAAAUACAGGUGCUUGUCACAACAUUGAUUUCCUUUUCUUUAAUUAAGUAGCAGAACUUUCAGUGCCUCACUAAUGUUGCAAGACCUUUGCAAUGCAGGUGUGAUUUAAAUGGUGCCCCUGUACUGUCCAUUCAUGUCAUUGUGUUCCUGGUCAGGCUGAGAAUGAAAGGCACAUAGAGGAAUUUGGGGAUAGGGAUAGUGGGGCUGGGGACUUUUCUUUCUGGCAGCUGUGCAAGUGGCCAUGCAGGCAACAGUUAUUAUGCAGAACAUCAGGGAGGGGAAGUAAGUGGGUUUUAUUGAUGGUGGGGAGGGGAUCUAGCCCGAGUCUGUAAAUGCAUGUGAUUUCUGCAGUGUGGCUACAGCUGCCUUGAUCAGUGUUAUAAAUCUGUGUCUGCCAACUGGCCCCAUUAACUCUUUUGUGGAUCAUUUGUCUAGGUACUAGUGCAUCCUUUAGGUAAUUCAUCUGUGAUGAUCCUUGUGUGUGAUUGUACAAGACCGUGUGUGAGUUUUUCUCUUUUGUCUGCUGUUCCUGCACAAAGGAGCUGGCUAGGGUGACUGAGUACUCAGGUUUCUUGCUAUUUUCAAAUGAGACUUUUUUUCUGAAAAAAACACCCAUGCUUUUAUUAAUUUCAGCUUGGUGCUAUUUUCCUAUCACCAUCAGCACAGAUGCUGGUCUUACAUAGAUAAUGUGGUUCAACUCCUGCCACCUUUGCAAAGAUGCCGAGACAUGUGAUACAGCAGCAACUAACCAAGGAAAUAAGGUUUCAAUCAAAUGAGUUUGUUUUUAGGUUAGCCUCGUUUGCUCAGGCUGCAUAAUGACAGUUUGUCGCAUCAACCUGCAGGUCCACUGAAUGUUUUUUUCUUACUGUAUUCCCUACAAGAUCAGCCAGACCAGUUCAAAAUGACUUCAAAUGUAAGACCACCACUUUUUCAUAAGUUUCAUAGAGUUUAAUUUUUCAUAUAGUUUCACUAGUCUUAGAACUAGCUAUGCUGUGUGUUUGUUAACUGAUGCCACAUCCAUGAUAAAAGGUUAUAUGCUUAAGAAUAAUUUAGGUAUCCAUGGUUGUGAACUGUGAGUGGAACAUUUGAGAAAAUAUGAAGAGAAGCUUCAAGACCAAUGCAUUAUCAGAGGCCUUCAAGUAUCCUUAUAUUGUUAUAUUUUGUCCACUAAAUAGACUAGAACAAGGCAGAACAAUCUGCCUUUUAUACAUGUACAAUAAGGAAAGAUUUAGGCAUUGCAUCUUUGAUAUGAUCGAAAUGUUAGAAACAAUGCUAGAAUAUGAAUUUUGUAAACGAUUGUGUCCAUGAUUAAUUAAUUAAUUGUGAUAUGCACUGGUGGAUUAAGUAUGAAUGCAAUGGCAGUGGUGAUGCAUAAUACUAACUGGUAUUACAAAACUGAUUCUAUACUUUACCUGCAAAAAGCAAAUGCACAAAUGUGACAGAGAAGGAUUUGUGAAUGAGUGUGAAAAAAAUUGUAUUUGGCUUCAACUAUCAGGGAAACUGUUUAGUUGUUUCCUUCCAUGCAAUGCACAUUCAUGAGUGCCCCAAGGAUACUAAAAUUCAGUGAUAUGAGUAGGCAUAGCUGCAUAAACAUACUUUCAAAUAAAUAUGCCAAUCAAACAUAUAUGCAUGCAUAUGUAAUAUACACAAUACACACUGAAAAAACAAUACAAAAAUAAAACUCCAGCAUUCAAAAUAAACUCAGGACUGUUAUCAGCUCACUGUAGAACUGUCCCUGUUUUGAGUUCAGCCAUUACUAAUAUGCUUAAGGAUAUUUACAAUUAUAGAUUAAUUUGAAUUCAUGAUUGAAAAUGUUUGUAGUAAAUAUGACGAAUUUGCAAAUAUUAAAUAUUCCAAAUGGCAUGGUGCAGUUUUUUAGGCACAUUUUCAACUGUAAAUAAAACAUUUAUUUAAUCAUUAACAAAAUGUUUGAAUUAAUUUAAUCAUCAUCAAUGAUCUUUGUAGUAACUUUAAAAAAUCUCUGGAUUAUUUUGUCAAACAUUGAAUGAUUAUAUAAUUAUUUUAUAAUGUUUCUGAUUUGUUUAUUUAUUCCGCAUUUUAGCAACAGUGCCAGAAAAUGGUCAGACAAUUCACAGAUGGCCUUUGGCAAUUUAGUGUCAGAAUGAUAAGUGAAAAAAAAAGGAGAAAAAUAAGCAGUAUAUAAAUGAAGCAAUGUAACAAAAAGCCCAUCUGGUCCACACCUCCUACUCUUGGCUGGCACUUGAUGAAUAGCAUUCUCAGAGACAGAAACAGAAGGAAAACACUAAUUUCACACAGGUCCUGACUCCACUUCAAUCAGACUGUCAUAAAUGGAGCAUGUGGUAUGAUUCAAUAUUAUAGCACACCAGUCAACCAGAAAAUCAUUGUGUAAGGCUUGUCUGAAUGUACAAUAUUCCAAAUUCUGGUCUCAGAGUCUUUGUAUGAUUCCCCUGUGCUCUGCCCAAUUGGUAGGUAUAUUAUAAUGUGGUUUAUUGUUCUAUAAUCACAUGGAUUACACCAACACAGAUUUGCAUUGUUGGUAUUCAGAAUACUGAAUAAAAUAAUCUUCCAUGGAAAAACCAUGAGGUCAGUACAGGAUGAGUGGAUGAUAUUGUACUUGAGAUUUUAGCCAUCAUUUACAGUAACAAACCAAAGUACAAUGCAACCACAUUGCCUUACAUAACAGUACAAAUUGUUUACAGGUCUUAAGCUUAGUUUUCUUUUGAAUUUGACUGUUAUUAAAUAAUUUUUCUUUUGACUUUGAUUGUCAUUAUGCAUGGAUAUUUCUCACCUGUUCAUACAAUAUGUUAGUGAACCAACACUUAGAACACAAAUACUUCUACAUGCUUCAGUAAUAGUGUAUAGCUGGCAAAGCAUUGUAUUGGUAAUAACUAAAUAACAAUUUUAUUUUUAUUUUUUGUUUGUUACUUAUACAGUGCAUAUCACUAAAGAAUGUACUGUAAAUUUUUACAGUAAUUUACUGGCAACAGAGUUGCCAUUAUUAUGUACUGUAAUAAUAAAUAUGUACUGUAAUAACUUGCAUAGUAUAAAAUAACAUAAACCAGUACAUUUGCUCAUUAAGCUGAUGCUUUUUUUAAAAAAAAUCUACUUAUAGUUGAGGCAGGCUACAACUGAUCUGAAGGUUAAGGGUCUUGCUCAAGGACACAACCACGGCAGUUUGGCAGUGUUGGGACUGAACACAACUUUUUGUUCUGUAACACAAAGCCUUAACCACUGAGCCACCACAACUAGCUCAACUAACUUGCAUUGAGUUAAUGCAAUCUUUUAGUGUGAGUUAAUUCAGUGAUGGAGUUGGAUGAACCAGUAUGAGUCAGCUGAACUGGUUGUGGUGGCUCAGUUGUUAAUGCUUUAAGUUAAUGAUGAGAAGGUCUGGGUUCAAAUCCCAGCACAGCCAAACUGCCAGGGUUGGGUCCUUAACCAAGACCCUUAACCUUCAGCUCAGUUGUAUCUUUAUAAGUCACUUUUUAAAUCAUCAGCCAAGUGAGAAAAUGUAUUGGGUUAUGUGUUAUUUUAUACCAUGUAAGAUAUUACAGUACUUAUCUUUAA